AUGUCCAAGAAGGGGAGAAUCAACUGCUUCUUGAUAAGAUCCCAGAUGAUUCUGGUCAUUUCGUCACCAUCCAUCUCCACAACGGGAGUCUUUACUUUGAUUUUGGUCAUUGCUAUGUGCUUUCAAAGUUCCCUUGUUGCUCAUCGGUCGGAUAUUGGUAAGAAGAUUGCGCCUGUGACCCUUGUUGCUGGGUCGGGUAGUGUUGAACAGAAGCUGCGCCUUGCUGAGGAGCAUAGUGCUGAGGGUACGAAGGGAAAUGCUGAGGCUGAUCUUUCAAGGCCUGCACUGCAGCAACUGCAGCAGCAGCUUGCUGCUCCACUUCUUUUUUGUUGUCUGGAUCAAUUGUUGGGUAUCCUUGAGCCCAGGAGAGAUUCUCGUGAGAUCCGCCUCCGUGAGCAUGAGAAGGUUGCAGGAGCGGCUGUUGACCCGAGUGGAAGCUUUCUGAGGAAUGAAUGUGACGAUCUGGGACUUGUGAGUAAUCUCCCGACACGGGGAUUGGCUGUCCGGGAACUUGCGGGAUGUGAUAUUGUUGCGAUUGAGACACCUGAGGAGGAGGAGGCAGAUGGUAUUGCUGGGCCUGUGAUUGGUGAGCCUGUUGGUAGUCGAAUUGGUGUUGUCCGCGUGGCUGACCGUAAUACUGUUGGGCCUGUUGUUGAUGUUGUGCAACAGCAGCUUGAGCAGCCUGCGCAACAAUGGUUUCGUUCACAAGUCUUUGGGCCUCAGAGUCUGUCUCCUGCUUCAAAGGUGUUUUGA